CCUGAAGACGCGGUCGUCGCAUUGAAAGCCCGCGAUAUCCGCAGCAAAUAUGGCUCCGAAAUUACUUCUUUCAGCCCAUAUAACUUGUUUCAAUGCAGGAUAGCGGUGUAGCCGUGCCAUACCUUUGGCAUGAGCGAGGGCGCCCACAUAGCGUCAUGGCCAGGGGAUACCAGUAUUCAGAAGGAUUCUAGGCUCGGUUGUCUCCGAUCCGUAAGGUGCUACGUCAACUUAGGCGGAUCAGUACAGCGAUAGGCGCGCGCCUAGUAGAUUCGAAUAGAUAAUGCAAGUGGACGCUUUCUUUCCACGAACCACCAUCCUGCUGAACACCAAGGUUUGCGUAUAACGAGCGACGACCAUGGAUGCCCCGGACCCCGAGGAGCUGUUGCGUUAUAAAAUCGAUCAUUUCUUCACACCUCCAAAGCUGCCCCAGCAUUACGAUGGUUCUCACUAUAAAGACCGCGACCUCAUCGCUCAUGUCGCCUGCAGCGGCAGAGAGUUCAGGCGACAGCUUGCUGCACUAGGAAAUGUUGAGCCCAGCAUCCUGCAAUACUGGGACUGUGUCGUGCGCCUCCUCAACAACUUUAGCCGGGUUUGCUUGGGCGAAGGCGCUCCCAUGGACCCUAAGCUACUUGCUAAGACGGUCAACGAAAUGGCCGCCGGAGACGUCCUGACCUUGCACAUCGGCGCGCAAAAUGCCGGCGUCAUACUGCGCAAGGUCAACGGCCAGGAGCUGACGCUUGAAACUUUUUUCGCGUCACUCCCCGCCACCACAGUCACAGGGACCAAGGGAAAAGUCGUAGCGCAGUUCCCGUCCUCCCCUCGCCUUCCAUUUCCCGCGGACCCCGAGCUCAUAGCCGUCCUCUGCGGAUACCUGGCCGAAAUGCAUACGCUCGAGUUUCCGGACGCCCUUCCAAAGACAGAAAAGGCCGGGAACACCCAGGCCGAAUACCGCGAUUCGACGAACCCGUGGUAUAUCACCGACUUCGUCACCUCCGUUAUACGCAGCUUCUCUGCCGACAAACCCUGCGACACGCUUCCGCAUACCGACUACAUUGUCAAGCGUCUGGGAGACCAUGUGCUGUGGAAAAAUGCAGAACUGCCAUGGCGUCGAUCUCCUAUCCUGCUCGUUCUCAAAGUCGCUCUCCAGUCCACUCUUGCCGGCAUUCCAGCGCAGUACGGGUAUAAGGCCUUCAUGGUCUUCAUGCUCAGUCGCUUGACGUCGGAAGCGGCGGCGGGUGGCUCGAUAGCCGAUGAUGUUCUGCACGUCAUGGCCUCGAAGAUCGCUCAGCGCAUCUACAAGCUUCGAGCCGCUGUCUCCGCAGAUCGCUUUCCUAUCGACGUUGUUCUCCGCGAGAACGAGGCGACUGCGCGACUGCUGCAGGCGCAUUGGAAGGAGGUACAAGAAGAGGAGGCACAGCCGAUCGAUCUGUCCCCUCCGACGCCGGAGGAGAUAGCGGAGGCGAAGAUCCUCUCCGUCGAACACAGUCGCGCAUACCUCGACGAGGUCAUCGCCCGCGACGAGCGGUUGAGACAGACCGUGACGACCUUCGACGCCGCACACUUCGAGGCUGGGUUAAAGAAGUCAUCGCGGCGCAACGGAUGCUCGCCGCCUCGGGUCUUCUCGCCCGGCGACGAUCUGUGCGACGUGCUGGAGGCUCCCCACGACGUGUCCGAAUGGCUGGAGUCGGAUCGGCCGCUGGCGUGGAUGGAUGCGACGAAUCAUGAAGCGCGGCUUCCAGUAAUCAGAGACCUCAUGCAGUGCGGCCUGGACGUGCUUGGUCGUUUCAUGAAGUCAGGAGACGCCUCCGAUCCCGAGCUCUUCUCCCUUGCACUCCUCAACGUGCUUGACUUGUGGGUCCUCAUGGACAAGACAGCGGUCGACGAGAUCCCGCUGCUAGCGCAGUACGAGCCCGAGCUCACCGUCGAGCCUUUGGCGGCACUGCUGCUCCGCAGGAAGCGCUCCAUGGAGCGGCUUACCGCGAUCGAGCAGUACAUUCGCGGGAGGUCCGAUAACGCCUCUUCUGGCUCUGUCUACACGCUCGAUCCAAAUGCCUCCUGUGGGUCAGCUUUCGGCGCUCGCUACACCGCGGCAGACCCCGAGCUAUGUCGCCUUCGUCGUCGUCUCGAGGAAGCUGGCGAGAGGGCCAAACAGGCCAAAAGAAGCGAGCACGAGGAACUCGAGCGGAGAUGCUCGGAUCUCAAGUCUCAGGCGCGAUUACUGUCGCAUGCAUACUACGAGGAGACCAAUCGGUGGGGCGGGAGCUGGGAGGUUCAUGCUGGUUGGUGCACAAAGUGCUCGCUGGAGGAGCAGGCCGAUAACCUGAAGAUAACGGUAUUCGAGGAACCACUCCCUAGAGAUCCACAUCUUGCCAAUGCGUUCGUUUUCGAGAUGUCUGUUCCGCCUUGGUUUGCGCUGUGGCGUUCGAUGACGCUGCGACUGAUCAAGGAGACAGCGGGGGACUUGGAUGCUCCGGGGCGUGCGGCGAAUCAUACGCUCGCGGGGUACACAGGUCUACAAUCGUCUAUCUUCGGGGUCGACGUCGUCAAAUGCGAUCCUCAAGUCACUCUUGCAUCUGACAACAAGUCCUUUCUGAAAGCUCACUACAGCACGCGCCCUAUUCCCUGCACCGAGAGCGACAUCUUGAAGAAUCACGGUCCUCGGUGGUAUCUCUACGACCAAAGCAGCCAGGAGUACCUACCUCCAGUCUUGCCGCCGAUGGACCUGCGCGACCAUUGCACCCUGCCAUUCUCACCCGGUCCCUACACAUCGCUACGCUGGACCUUAUCCAGUACAACACACACGCCAAAUCAGGUCAUCGCGACGCAGUCCAAAUGCUUGCCCAGCUUGUCCCUUCACGAGUGGGAAGCUUUCGGUAAUCUGCGGUCCGGAGAACGCUUGCAAUGGCAUAACCUCGCCCUGCAACUCGAAGUCGCUACGCUGAAGCUCGGAGAACAUGCCGUGCAUAUAUUGAUGCGGCAGGCGGCGUUGCAGGUUGAGAGCGCGUCGUCAGACCGGUCUUUAGCUCGCAAGACCCAUGCGACGCUUACCGACGACUCGUUCGCUCUGCAACUUCUGAACAUCCUCCGUUGUCGCCUAGCGGUCGUUCAAGACAAUUGGGAAGAGGGUUGGGCGGCAUCCACGCUGUCCUUAGUUGCGCAUCGACUUUGCGAGUUGAUGUCACCCUCCGGCUCGGCUGUGCGCUCGCAGGUCUUGACCUUUCUGCGCGACGACCUACGACCUGUCUGUAUGAGAUGGAUGCGCGAGAUCAUGGCGGUGAUACGCAGCACGCCGCCAGACAGCGACAUCGAGACUCUGGAUGACCUUCGACAUCGCCUCAUACAAGCUGGCCUGGCAGCACGAGACACCUAUCGAGCGCUUGAUGACCCAUUUCACACCGCCCGCGCACUAUCUGAUUAUCUCGAAUGCUGUCUUGUCCUCCACCAGAACCUGCCGCUUCAGUUGUCGAAGCUUCCCAUCUCGCUCCGCAUCCUCGCCCAACAAGACGUGGAUCUGUCCGUCUGUUUUUCAAGCCCGCUUCUGGACGCUAUCACCAGCGGAAACGAUGGCAUAGACGACGCUAUACGGCACACAUGGCCUGCUUUUGCGAGGGACGCAGGCGCCGCAUGGACUCGUAUCCCCGAGUCUCAUUGGGUGACUUGUCGUACAUCAGCGAGCCAGCCAAGAACAGUGCAUUUCGACGUUUUGGGCGGUGCGAUCUUCGUCGACGGCGCAUCGUUCCAAGCACUUCCCUCGGAUAUCCUGGGCCACCCACUGUACCAAGAAGUCUUUCCGAGUCAGUAUCAGAUGCCGAUACUCCCUUCGUCGAUGGCGGGGAUGACGUACCAGUGUCAGUAUCAAAUCGACGGACACCAGGUUCAUUUCUGCACGAUCGGGCCCGACCUCAUCAUCAGAGCCCAAGAUCAGGACGGCCGCGUGGUCGAAUUCGUGCCGCGAAGCAAACUCAAGGGCGACAUACCGAAUCAAGUGCUCUUCAGCAGUAUAGCUCUGUACCGCACCGACAAAGUCAGCCUUGACUUCGUUCCAGUGGACAAGAGGCUGGGCUGGAAGCCUCUAGCACAGCCGACGUGGACCCUCCAUCGCGUCGCCACGUCUCCCGAACUGCUCUUGUGUGCACAACAGCGACAGAUCCUAUGUCCUCGCAGCAAGGUCGCCCUUCGACUCAGCCACGCAUUUCUUGCACUGGAAAAGACAAGCGUCAAUGUCGUUGUCGAGGCCUCAACUUCGGCAACAGCCAGGUUCUCGAGCGUGACUGCACACCUCCCGCGGUAUAGGUUGAUGUUUUCAUUUGAUGACUGUGGCGACCUCGCAUCAAAAGAGUUUCCCAAUUAUGUCGUCUCCACUUCGCAGGCCAUUGGGACGCUGUACGGUGUUGAGAAGCUGGUGCUGAAGCCGCGCGACCCUCGACUCGAGAAGCGAAUCCUUAUCCCAUCCGGCAAAAUACUAGUCCACGCGGAGUCUCGCCAUCCCCAUAUCAGCACUUCUCCGCCGACAGACCCCGUCAAGCACAUCGAUCUACACGUUUUGGACGUGGAUACAAUCGUCGGACAGGUCAAGACCGAUGGGAAUCUGGAUAGUUCGCUUAUCCUGGCGUACAUGCAUGCGCUAUCUUCUUCGCAUCUGCCGGAUCCACUGACUGGUGAACGGGGGACUGACCGGGCGUUAAGGAUGCUCGAAACAGCGUCGUCAUAUGCCUUUACCGACCUAUCCACCGCAGACGUCCUGGCGCUAUCGCAGAUCUUGUCGUUGACGCCUGUGCGACGAUACUACCCGGAGCAUCUGCAAGCGAUGGAAACAAUAUGUUGGGGUUUCGACAUUUCGCCCUUGUCGCAGAGCGAGCUCUUCGCGCCUCUUGUGGCCAGCAUCGUAGCCUUCGCAGCACGCAAAUCUGUAUUCGACAAGCAGUCAACAGAUGGGACUCAUUCUCUUGUCAAAUUUGACGGCGAAGACAGUCUUCGCAUACGAGCCUUUCAUCGAACUGCGCGACUUUCUCCUUACACCGAAGAUUCCUGGAAAAUGCGCGCCUUCGGCUCUCUUUGUAGGGACCUCCACGCCUUCUCUUGGCCCAGUCGAGCCUCGGAAUCAGAGAGUCACCUCCCAGCAGUACAAGACGUGUCGUCACGGAUGCGCACGUGGGAGUCGAGUAUCGCCGCCAUCCCCCAGCUUUGGAGCCACUUUGAGAAAUGGAGCGAGUUCACAUCUGUCGCGGAACCCCUUUCGCUAUCUCGGCCAUGUCUUCUCUCCGAUUAUUCUCAGCCCGCGCUCUGGUUCUCCUUAUACCGACACUGCCUCUCCAUGUCUGCUCAGACGACGCAGUAUUCGCUGAUGUUCAUCUUCGCCUUGGUGACUUACGAGAGUGCGCUAGACGACGCUCUCAUCGCCUCGCUCAUGUGUACUGCUGUGCACGCGGCGCGGAACUGGAAUGCUUUCACGGCAGCGGAUGCGGACCUUCCCCGCAACGCAUUCACCCUGAAGGAUGGUUGGGAGCUCGGUCAAGCAGAAAUGCAGACCUUGCUUGACACCGUACGCCAAUCAUUGGUACCAUUCGACCAAUCUAGCGAAUAUCACUCGUCACGGCUUGCCGGGGAGGUUGCUUGGGCCUACGAAGGACGGUGCUGGCGAGCGUACCAGGACCACUCGGACAGACAGCUUCAAGGCAUGGUCGAGCAUCUGCGUGGGCAGUGGCCGUGUGCGGAACCUCACUGGCCCUAUAACGCGACUUCGGAGUACCCAUUGUUGAAUAUCUCGCAGCUGCAGAAAGCUAUCGACACGCUGUUCCGCUCCAUGCACCAAAACCUUCAGCUGCACAAGCAUGCACUUGGCCUUCAACACAUCUUCGAUGCAAUUCCAAUCCAACAGACCCUCGGUGUUCAGCCUCUGCCUUCGCCUCAAUCAUACGAGACGCCACAGCCGCAACAUGAUAUCCCCGACCUCUGGACCGUCAUGUCCACUAGAACGGUGCCUCCUAAGGGAAUGAUGCCUAUUCGGGUUGGACGAUGGGUUGCGACCUCGCAGCAUGACAAACUCGCUCGUUCCCCGGUACAUGAACUCGUCGACAGACUCCCAGCCGAAAGCGGCUUUGCCGCGCAGUAUAAGCAGGAUUUGCGUGAUUGUACGCAUGCUAUGGACGGCGAGACACCAUCGGACAGCAAACCUCGCAUCGUCGUCCAGGAAAGUACAGCACCCGCUCUCUUUCCAGAAUCUAUCGGCGAUGCCUUGGGCCCGAGAUCCAGCUUCGAGCAGGCAUUGUUCUCGUGCGGGGUCUGGCCCAACGCGUGCGUCCGCAACUGUCUGUCGAACCUUAGCCUUCCCCGUCGAGGCAAGAUGUUGAACUCACCCUGGAUGCGCGGUCUGACGCUGCUCGCAUUAUCUCUCGUUCGGCUUCAAAGAGAGCAGCGACUUGACACGCAAGAUGGGGCCAACUUUGACAAGGAGUUGUCUACAAACGUCGGCGACGGAUUUGACGCAUUCGCGCAUCCGGACUGGCUUCUCAUACAGCUCGACAGCAACAUGACCAUACGCGCGGUGCAAGCCGAGAUAGCGCAGCGCAUGAUGAGCCCCCACAACCGAGUUAUGCAGCUCAAUAUGGGCGAAGGCAAGUCUUCGGUCAUCAUACCCAUCACGUCGACGGUUUGUGCGGAUGGAAAUAAUCUCGCUUGCGUCAUCGUCCUCAAGUCGCUGUGCUCCCAGAUGUUCCAGAUUCUCAGCCAGCGCAUCUCAGGAUUGGCCAAUCGUCGUCUCUAUUACCUGCCUUUCAGUCGCGACACCGAAAUCGACGGAGCCACCAUUCAGGCUAUCGGCGGCCUAUUCAAAGAGUGUGCUAGUAACGGUGGCAUCUUGCUCUGCCAACCGGAACAUCUGCUCUCCUUCCAGCUCAUGGGGAGUAGCAUGCUUUGCUCCGAUGGUAUGAGUGCCGACACCAGAUCGCUUCUGGAACUGCAGGACUGGGUGUCCGAGCACUCACGGUACCUCCUCGACGAGAGCGAUGAAAUCCUCAGCCACAGAUAUCAGCUCAUAUACACCGUCGGUAACCCAGGGCCACUUGAGGGUCACCCCGAGCGCUGGCUCGUCCUUCAGAAAGUCCUGAGCUUAGUGAACUCCAAUGUCACAGCUGUCAUGCUGGCUCAUCCAGACGGUGUCGAAAUCGAGCCAGGCUGCAGUGCCAUCCAACAGUUCGGACGCGUGCGCAUACUCACUGAUGCGGCUUGCGACCAUCUUUUCGAGUUGUGCUGUGCCGACAUCGUCCAUCGAAAUGCGAUACCUCUCCUGCCGUUCCGCAGCUACCCCAUCAGCAAAGUCGACGCCGUCCUGCAGUUCAUCUCCGCAAUGGACGCCAGCAGCGAGGUCGCCAAGGACCUGGAGGCCUACAGCGGUGAAUCGUAUCGUCACCUCUUACUCUUGCGCGGUCUCUUCGCCCACGGCAUCUUGAAGCUUGCCUUCAAAGAGAAGCGGUGGCGUGUGGACUAUGGACUCGACCUCAAGCGCUCAAGGCUGGCUGUUCCAUAUCGCGCGAAGGACUCGCCCGCCCUUCGGGCUGAAUUCGGGCAUCCGGAUGUCAUAUUGGUGCUUACUUCCUUGUCGUAUUAUUAUGGCGGUCUCAGCGAUAGCGAGCUCGACAUCGCCUUCGACCAUCUGCUCAGGACGGACAACCCCGCUCUGCGCUACGACGAUUGGACCAGGGGCCUUGAUUUACCACCCAAUCUUCAGACGCUCAGAGGCAUCAACCUCAAGGAUGCCAACCAACGCAUCAAUGUCGUCUACCCAGCUCUCCGCCGCGUCAAGUCGGUCGUCGAUUUCUACCUCGCCGAAUGCGUCUUUCCAAAGGAGGCCCGUCAGUUCGACCACAAGCUCACAACAAACCCAUGGGACAUCGCUCGCAAGAAGGGCCAGCCGACGACAGGAUUCAGCGGCACUAACGACAACAAGUACCUUCUUCCGACCUCCAUCGUCCAGGAGGAUAUGCAGUCGCAGCUGCACACCAAUGCUCUGGUCCUCGACUACGUCCUCCGACCGGAGAACCGUACGGUGAUCUGCAAAGACUGCGAUGCCAUCGGGAUCAUCGAAGAAGUCGUCCGUUGCGAGCCAUACGUCUCGGUCAUCCUCGACGUAGGCGCUCAGGUCUUGGAGUUUAAUAACGAGGAGAUGGCUAGGCGAUGGCUCGAGCGGAAUACGAGGGAGGGUGUUGAGGCUGUCGUCUACUUCGGCCCCAACGAUGAGCUGUGUGUGUUAACGCGAGAUGGGCGCGUCGAACAGCUGAAGCGAUCGUUCUAUCGUGAUCAGCUGGGCAAGACGCUGGUCUAUCUUGACGAGGCCCAUACGCGAGGCACGGACCUGAAGCUCCCAGACCGCACGCGCGCUUUGGUGACAUUGGGGCCCAAGCAGCCAAAGGACAAGUUGAUGCAGGGCUGCAUGCGAAUGCGCAAGCUCGGCUGCGCUGGCGGUCACUCAGUCCUCUUCCUAGCGUCCAGCGAGAUCGCAAGUCGCAUCCGGGAUUGCAUCAAAGAUAGCAGCAAGGAACUCGACUCCUCCGACGUUUUGGAAUGGACGAUGCACGAGACGAUCCGGCAGACUACGGAGAAUGGCGCGUUGUGGGUCAACCAAGGCUUGAACUUCGACGUUCGCCAGACGGCAUGGGAGGCGUUCAAUGACGGAAGGCUGAACGAGGAUGAGUUGAUCAGCGUGCUACUAGAACGCGAGGCGCACCCAUUGAAGGACCUCUAUGGCCCUCGCGAUACCACGGAGGAAUCUGACGACGCGGGACGAUCCGAGCGCCAGCGCGAGAUCUUCCAGCGAUGUGAGAGGUUCGGGUUUGCCGUAUCGCGCAGCAGCCGUCUGCUAGAGGAGCAAGAGCGCGAACUGGCGCACGAGAAAGAAUCGGAGCGGGAGGUCGAAGGGGCACCGCCCGCAAAGGCAAAGCCGCACGCUGUAUCUUCAGCCCUUAAGACCCUCGUUCAGACCGGCUCGACGAGUCUUGCAUCGUUCUACACUCUGUACGAUUGUCUUGAUUUCACCUCCGUCCAGAGCGAGGUCGGGGCUGCGUCGACGGCCUUCUUCCGAGGGCGGAACAUUCUCGCGACCGUCGACUUCAAGGAGACGAUUGAAAUUGCACCCCGAGCGCAGCACGAGAAGGAUGGCUUCAUACGUCCCGUGCAGUGGAUCGUGACCACAAACGCAUUCCCCGACGUGCUUCUGCUCAUCAGUCCCUUCGAGGCCGACAAGAUCAUCACCGGCAUCCGUAGAUCCCCCACCGUCCGAUUGCACGUGUAUUCGCCGCGCGUCUCGCGCAACAUGCGCGCAUUCGACGACCUGAAGUUCCUCAUCACGCCGUCGGCGGCGGCUGCCUCCUUCCUCCCUCCGGCGAGCAUAACCAUCCACGAACUCAAUCUCUUUGCCGGAAACCUCUUCCUGAGGGAUAAGGAUGCUUUCCAGCAGGUGUGCCAGCUGCUCGGGCUUCACCUUGGCGAGAUCCCGGACGCACUGAAGGGCAAGGUCGGCGUGGAUGGGUUCGUGUCGCAGCAGGACGAUCGUGACGCGCUGGGUAUCGUGGCUUGUCUCUUCGAGAAGAGCCCGAGCGCGGUGCUUCGAGCGCUCUUGGACUUGCGUCGCAAGGGACAGGGCUUCCUCCUCACGCACAUCGGGCAGAUGUUGUAUGGCAAUGAGAUUGGUAGUGACGAGUUCUAGAUGGACGGAAGGGUGGUGAGUUCAAGCUCGUCGAGGUGGCUUUCAAAUUCAUUGACUAUAGUGGAACAGCUCCUUGGGCAUGUACAAGCGAGAUCUUUGGGAUUGGAUAGCGAUGCUUAGGCGGAUGAACAGUAUGUGAUACUUGCAGUGUGAAUUGGACUUGAUACGGACGUUAUGAACUGGGAGUUUCCACUUGAUAUAUAGAAUGCGAACAUAUUCC